AUGAGCGACACUGAGGACGUCGUCAUGGAUUCCAGCGCAGAGGAACCUGUGCACAUAUCGCCGAUAGCAAAUCCGCUUCUACGUGGGAAGACGUUGAAACGGUCUUUGAAACUGGUGAAAAGGGCACUUGCACUCGAGAAACUCGCAAAAGCAAAACGUUUGGAAGAGGAGGGAGAGGCUGAUACGAUUCUCACACGGCUCGUGAAGCGCGGCGUCCAGGACGUCACAAAGGCCAUAAGAAAAGGAAUCCAAGGGGUGGUUCUAGUUGCCUGUGACGUGCAUCCAAUUGAUGUAGUGGCUCACUUACCGAUCAUGUGCGAGGACGCAAGUGUAGCCUAUGCCUAUGUUUCCUCCAAACGGGUCAUGUCGCAAGUAUGCCAGUCAAAACGGCCGACAUGCGUGGUGCUGGUAACGAAACCGCCAAAAGAUCUUCUGCAGCGGCUAACAAAACUUGUGCCGGACAGGAAUGAAAAGCUCAACUAUACCGAUCUUUAUGAGAAGGUGGACAGAGCAAUACGCAAUUCUCAUCCCUUCAUGUGA